CCCCGAUCGGUGGAUCAGUUUGACGGUUGUAGUGCGAAAGUGAAGAUCGGAGACGUUGACGGAGCAGACGACUUCAGAAAAAAAACGGAACGACCAAAGUGUGAUUAGUGCUAUUAUUGCGUAUCCAGGUGCCAGAAGUGUACUUACCAGAUAGUUUAGAAUCUAAUUAAUAUACGAGCGGAACACGGAAACGCGCAGCCGAGGCAUUUUCUCGGUGGGCGAUUUUAUCGGUAGUUGAUAAUUUCCCAAGUGCAACAGUGAAACAAGACCGGUGGAUAGCGAAUCGCCGCGGAGGAGUUUCAUUUGGAUAAGUGAGAAGGUGUCCAGAGGCAAAGAGGACAAUUUGCAGCAGCUGAAAGGGAACCAUGAGAUCAUUACUGUUAAUUGCGGCGGUGCUUGUCGCGGGAGCACUGUCCUUGGAAGCCGGCAAACAAUGUGAACCGGGAAGUACAUUCAAGCUGGACUGUAACACGUGCCGUUGCGGAGCCGACGGCAAGGUGAUGUCCUGCACGAGAAAGUUCUGCGUUCCAGACGUGCAAGGUGACGAUCCGAAGGCACAGCCAAUGGUGGACGAGGUCAGCGACAACUUGCAGCCGGACGCUAGUGCCGCCGCUGCUGCCGAGAAGGAGGAAGAGGAAGUGCACACCAAUGGGCAGGUGUGCACACCGAAUGAGGUGAAAAUGGAGGACUGCAAUCGAUGCAAGUGUGCCGCCAACGGCAUUGGCUGGUUCUGCACGCGUAAGGCUUGCCCUCCACGGGAAAGACGUUCAGCCAGCGAAUUCCUCACGAAGCCCAAGCGCCAAGUAGCCCAACCAGCUCCACCGAAGAAGGAAUGCGAACCGGGUACCAACUUCAAGAGUGCUGACGGAUGCAACGAUUGCUUCUGCACGGCCACUGGUAUUGCCGCAUGUACGCAGAAGUUCUGCUUCAAUACCAAGACCAAACGCGACACAGCUGCACUAGCACCGAAGAAGGAAUGUGUUCCCGGAACAACGUUCAAAAGCGCUGACGGAUGCAACGACUGCUUCUGCUCCGAAAGUGGACACGCAGCCUGCACUAUGAAGUUCUGCUUCCCAACGCCUCCGAGAACGAAACGUCUGGCAUCGAACUCGAAGGACACGCAGUGCGUACCGGGAACGUCGUUCAAGAGCGCUGAUGGCUGCAACGAUUGCUUCUGUUCGGCAAACGGAAUGGCCGCCUGUACGUUGAGGUUCUGCUUUUUCGAAGACCAACCACAGAUCAAAUCCAAGCGACAGGCCAACAACGACGAACUGCCCGUUUCAGCUGUGGCCCCCGGUGCUCCCGGUUUUAGCUGCAGUCCCGGCAAAAGCUUCAAGUAUCAGUGCAAUACCUGCCGAUGUGAUACAAGCGGACAGACGGCGGCGUGUACAUUCAAGUUCUGUCUUCCGGGAGAGUACUGAGCGGAGUUUCGCCGCGGGCGAUGACAACGUGCACAACAGUGCUAAUCUCGUACUUUAAGAUGAUUUAUUACCAUUGUUAAGAUACUUGUUUGUUGUGCAGUUUUGUGUAAAGCAGUAGCUCUCUAGAAGAAGAGAACACCCAAUAAAGUUUAGUUUUGUUACAACUCACAGUUCAUAACUGUA